CGCUGCCGAAUAAUCAGUCUGUUUAUAGUGCUAAAACCUGGUGUGCGUGUGUCGUGCUUGCCAUUGUGUCUGACUGCGUUCAAGUUGACCACGACGAGCGGCCCAAACAAACAAUUCUAGUCACGCGUAGUGGUCGCAUCACCCAAUACUCUCCGCCCGCAUAGCCCGACAACAAACAACCAAAUACAAAACAUAAGCAAACACAUACACGCGCGCAACAAACAACAACAAAAAUGGAUGAACUGAAUGGCUUACUGCAAAAAACCAAAGAUAAAUCUACGCAAAAGGAGCAGGACGAGAUUCUGCUGCAGCCCUUUACGUACAUACAACAAAUUCCAGGCAAACAGUUUCGCUCCGAACUGGCCUUGGCCUUCAAUCACUGGUUGCUUAUACCGGCCGAAAAGUUGACGCAGAUUGGCGAGAUUGUCCAAAUGCUUCAUAAUUCCAGUUUGCUCAUUGAUGAUAUUGAAGACAAUUCGAUACUUCGCAGAGGUGUGCCUGUGGCGCAUUCCAUUUAUGGCGUGGCCAGCACCAUCAAUGCGGCCAACUAUGCACUGUUCUUGGCCCUCGAGAAGGUGCAGCAAUUGGGACAUCCAGAGGCUACCAAAGUCUAUACGGAGCAGUUGCUGGAGUUGCAUCGUGGCCAAGGAAUGGAGAUAUAUUGGCGCGAUAGUUUCACAUGUCCCUCCGAAUCGGAUUACAAAUUGAUGACUGUGCGGAAGACUGGUGGCCUAUUUAUGCUCGCCAUACGCCUUAUGCAGCUGUUUAGUACGAACAAGGAGGAUUACUCAAAGUUAACAGCCAUUUUGGGCCUAUAUUUUCAAAUACGCGACGACUAUUGCAACUUGAGCUUGAAGGAGUACACGGAAAACAAGAGCUUUGCUGAAGAUCUCACAGAGGGCAAAUUUGGUUUCCCAGUUAUUCAUGCGGUGCGAACGCAGAAACAUGAUAAACAGGUUUUGCAUAUAUUGCGACAGCGCACGCACGACAUUGAGGUCAAGAAGUACUGCAUCAGCUUACUGGAGAAACUGGGCAGCUUUCAAUACACACGCAAAGUGCUUGAAACGCUUGACGUGGAGGCGCGUGCCGAGGUGACACGUCUAGGCGGCAAUCCCUAUAUGGAUAGGUUACUUAAUAAGCUGUUGUCCUGGCAAAGCAAUGAUGCUGCGAGCAUCACGCAAUCGAAUCAAAUCAAUCACAACGUCACAGCACGCACCAGCCCCAAUCAGAACACCCUCAAUUGUAAUUAACAACCAAAGAGGCAAAAGAGGGAGCAGUCGUGAAUUGCAAACGGCAGCGUCAAAGUCGGAGAUCGAUCCGUCACCUCUUUUGCUGCUAAUCCAAAAGCACCACUACAACAACAACAUCCACAACAACAUCAGCAGCAACCUCAACAUCUAAUCCAAGCAGCUUGCGUUAGUGCGCCUUUGUUGCGUUUCUUGCAAAAAUUAAAAAUCUUCUAAAUCUUGUUUCACGUUUUGCCUCCCAGAAAGCUGCCAAACAAAAACUAAUGCAAUGAAAAUGUUUAUACCACAAAAACCACAACAGCAGCAGCCUUACACACAUGAAAAAAACACGAGAAAAUUGUUAAGCCAAAAGUUAAUUGAUAAGCAAAGCUUAUGAAGAGCUAGCGAAGAGCCAUAGCACAGCUUACCCCAAGAAUUUGUUUAUGUUUAUUUUUAGUCAUAUACUAUGUGUUAUACACUAUUGGAUGCUAAGUAUUUAGUUGGUAAUAGCAUAUAAUAAUUAUGUAAGUAAGGUUCCUUCCUUUUGACUGUUGUAUUUCUAAAUGUAUUUUGUAUGUACUACAAGUAAUGCGGUAAUUUUUUUGGAAAAAGUUCUAAAUGUAUUAUUCAAUUUGUAACUCGAAACUUAUUGUGCACUUCCUUUAUUGACGUUGUUCCAUUUUACAUUUGUUAACAAUGUUCAAAAAUAUACAAAAAGAAACUACAAAUCAUAUGCAUACAUAUUAAUAUGUGUAUUAACUAACAAAUUGUUAACGUUUUAAGCAACAAAGCAACUCAAAACCUAUAUUUGAAACCAUGUUAAAUUAUGCACUGCACAGCAGAAUUUUUGCACUAUAUACAUAUAUAUAUAUACACAUACAUACACAUAAUAGUAUAUACAUCUUACAAAAAUAUAUAUAUUUUUAUUGUAUACAUUGCACGAAAUAGAACUACAAAAAAAAUGCUGAACAGAAACAACUCACGCAGAUUUAUUGUAAACUUAUGAAUUGAAUAUCGGAAACUGUCGAGAAUUUAUUGUGCACGCCAAAUAAAUGCACGCGAAGAAAAAGGUCUACGAUCGAUUAUUACAUAUAUAUUGUCAUACACAAAAUUAACUUUGAAGUAUUUAAAUAAAAUAUUGUAUUUAUGGCACGAA